GUCGACGACUCGGCUUGACGAGGGAGGACCGGAGGAGGAGAGGACGGCCUGGGCGACAUUCGCACAUUGUUCGUAAAGUCGCGGAAUGGCGAGGACUUAUUGUUGCCUACGUGUGAAUAUUCAGCUCCCCAGUCCGAUUGUAUGAAAGGUUGGCCCAGUGUGCGCCAGCGUCUCUGAUGAUGAUGAUGAUGAUGGCGUGAACACGGGCAGAGCGGACGCAGGCAGCUGGAACCACACCCGACCGCACUUGCUCCUGUGAUCUGGACACAAGAAUGGACCUUUUUUCCUAGACGCCAUCAUUGUCUUCUUCUCCUCCUCUUACUACUAGUACUAGUACUACUACUGGUGUACUGUUGCUGUCGUCACGACAACACAGCGGCCAUGGCGCUCCGGUGGAUGCUCCCGGUGUGCACGCUGACGGCGUGCGUCGCCAUUCCCAUGGACGCGGCGGCCGGGAGCCACAGCCUGUUCACCUGCGAGCCCAUCACCCUGCGGAUGUGCCAAGGUCUGGCCUACAAUUCCACCUUCAUGCCCAACGUGCUCAACCACUAUGACCAGCAAACGGCUGCUCUCGCCAUGGAGCCGUUCCACCCCAUGGUCAACUUGCAGUGCAGCGCCCAGCUCAGGAUGUUCCUGUGCGCCCUCUACGCGCCCGUGUGCACCGAGUACGGCCGCGUGACGCUGCCCUGCCGCCGACUGUGUCUGCAGGCCAAGAGUGACUGCUACAAGCUGAUGGACAUGUUUGGCGUCAGCUGGCCUGAGGAGAUGAACUGCAGCAGGUUCCCAGACUGUGACGAUCCUUACCCCCGUCCAGUGGACCUGCUCUCCCGUGCAGAUACUACCGAGCUUCCUGUCCCAGUCCAGCGGGACUACGGCUUCUGGUGCCCCCGAGAGCUCAAAGUGGACCCGGAACUGGGCUACUCCUUCAUGGGGGUCCACGACUGCUCGCCGCCGUGUCCCAACAUGUACUUCACACGCCAGGAGCUGACCUUCGCCCGCUACUUGAUCGGCGUGGUGUCCAUCGUGUGUCUCUCCGCCACUCUCUUCACCUUCCUCACCUUCCUCAUCGACGUGUCGCGCUUCCGCUACCCGGAGAGGCCCAUCAUCUUCUACGCCGUGUGCUACAUGAUGGUGUCCCUCAUGUUCUUCCUGGGCUUCCUGCUGGAGGACCGAGUGUCCUGUAAUGCCGCCGUGCCCGGGAGGUUUCGGGCUUCCACGGUAACUCAAGGCUCGCAUAAUAAGGCCUGCACGCUUGUCUUCAUGGUGCUCUACUUCUUCACCAUGGCGGGCAGCGUCUGGUGGGUCAUCCUCACCAUCACCUGGUUCCUGGCCGCCGUGCCCAAGUGGGGCAGCGAGGCCAUUGAGAAGAAGGCUCUGGUCUUCCACGCCUGCGCCUGGGGCCUUCCCGGCGUCCUCACCGUCAGCCUGCUGGCCAUGAACAAGAUCGAGGGCGACGGCGUCAGCGGCGUCUGCUUCGUGGGUCUCUACAACGUGGCGGCGCUACGCUGGUUCCUGCUGGCGCCGCUGGGCGUGGACGUGGCGGUGGGCGUGGUGCUGCUGCUGGCGGGAAUAGCGGCUCUGAACCGAGUGCGCAUGGAGAUCCCCCUGGAGAAGGAGAACCAGGACAAACUGGUCAAGUUCAUGAUCCGCAUCGCCGUCUUCUCCGCCCUCUACCUGCUGCCUCUGCUGACCGUGUUGGCGUGCUACCUGUACGAGAGCAGCCAGCGCGCCACCUGGGAGAGCAGCUGGGUGCAGGACAGGUGCCGGCACUACCACAUCCCGUGUCCCCACCAGGUGCAGCAGAGCAGUGGUCCUAACCUCACACUCUUCCUGCUGAAAUAUGUCAUGAUGCUGAUUGUUGGAAUCCCUUCUUUAUUUUGGGUUGGCAGCAAGAAAACUUGUUAUGAAUGGAUCAGCUUCUUCCACGGCAACAAACACAAGUCCAAGGUGAAGGAGAGUCUUCAGGUCCUCCAUCAGCCCGACUUCACUCAGCUGCUGCUUGGAGAUCCUCACACGUCCAUCGUGAGGAAGUCUCGAGGGACGUCCACCCAGGGCACCUCCACCCACGCCUCCUCUGCCCACCUGUCCUCCGCCCACCUGGACGCCGUGGACCAGCCGCCCAGUGGCAGCACCAGCAGGGCGGCGUCGGUCCUCAGCGCCGGCUCCAAGAGGAGCAGUUCUCACAGCAGCUUGCAGCGCUCGCCACACGGCAGAUACACGACGUCCGACUUCCUUCAGACCGAGGACCAGGUCCCCCACCUGGAUGAGCCGGAUCAGUCCAGACGCGGCAGCGCCGAUCGCCUCGACGGCUUAUCGCGGCACAGCUCCGCCCACAGACUGGGGAGCCAAUCGCGGCACAGCAGCGUCAGGGACCUAAGCUCCACCCCCCAAAUGAUGCUGGGGGGGCCAGGAAAUGGAAUCCACAAAGUGCUGGAGGAAUGUGCUUCUUUGACGCCUUGAACACUUACAAGGCUGCAGCCACUGAGCCAAUCACGAGGCCCCGUUUCAACGGCCAAUCAAAAUGAGCGAGCCAAAGACUCUAAUCUUGUUUUUGUUUUUUUAUUCUUCCUCGGUUUACGUCAACAGACUCGUUUGCCUUUUUCGUUUGCAGCGAUUUUACGAGCAAAACUCCAAACACUAAGAGGUUUUUUUUUUACCCAAAAAAUGAUUUGCAAGUAAAACAAAUUUUCAAUUGGCAAGUGAAACAACUAAAACUCUUCAAAUAGAAAUAUUUGCCACCUUGUCGUGCCGGAAUAGUCCCAAUGAUCUUAGCAGCACCCGAGGCAGGUCUUGAUAGCACACCUGUCCCUGUGGAGCCCGGCCGGGUCAUAGAUGUUGGCUGCUCAGGACCCUUAGGGGGCCCAUUUUUGGCUACAUAAGCUAGCUUUUGGGACGUGGAACGUCACCUUGCUGGGGGGGAGGAGCCUGAGUUGGUGCGCGAGGCGAAGAAGUUCCAACUCGAUUUAGUCGGACUCACAGCAAAAGCGCUCUGGAAGCAGUUCUCUCCAGAGGGACUGGACUCUCUUCCACUGUGGCGUUGCACGCAGUGAGAGGCGACGGGCUGGGGUGGUCAUUCUUAUUGCCCCCCCGCCUGUGACUGCUGUUUGUGAUUAAACACCAAACAGCAGUUCAGGAUUCCCGCCCGUCUUGGAGUCCCUUGAGGGAGUACUGGAGAGUGCUGCCUCGAGGGCCUUGGGAUCUCCUGGGAGGAGCUGGACAAAGAUAAGUGGCUGGGAGAGGGAAGUCUGGGUAUCUCUGCUUCGACUGCUGUCCCCGCGACCCGACAAGCAGGAAAAAGAGGUGCAUGAAUUCAUAAGUAAAAGAAAGAUUUCAAGCUGAAUAACCAUUCACAAGUUUACACUUUUUUUCUGCAAGGGUGUAAAAACUGGCAGACAGAAGUGAGGGGAAACAAGCUCAACCUGUAAGUUAACCUGUAAGCGGAAUGUUAUUGCCAACAGUUUUUAGUCACCGAACAUUUUUAUACAAGCAAGUGCUUUUUUUAUUUAACUUUAUCAUUUUUCAAUUGAAUUGUGCUGUUUUUUUUUUAACUGAAGAAUAGUUUUUAUUCUUGCAAACCGUGAGUAAAAACAUGUUUGGACCUCAUGUCGUUUCUUAGCGCUCGUGAAUAAAACCAACAUUAUUAGGAAUAAAAGCAGUCAGUUUCUUGUGAAAAGUAUUUUUGAAUGAAGGUGAAAAUAAGGUCUCACAGGCGUCUCCUUGGUAACAGCCCUCCGCUUUAUUGAAAUACAUCGGAGUUGGUAAAUAUGACUUUCUUUUGACCUUUACACCUUAAAUAUUUUGUGCAAAAACAAUCGACGUCACCUGCAGUGUCCUCGUCCUCAAACACCCAAAGGAGGAAGGAGGGGGGGGGGAAAAAAAAGCAAA